CACUCAACACAACAUAGUCAUCACGAGCUACGGAGAGUAGACAGAGGAAAUACUCAACGCAAAAUAGUCAUCGCGAGCUACGGGCAGAAGCGCAAUUGAAAACACAUACAACAGUCAACACGAGCUACGGAGAUACAGCGGAGCCAGAACUCUUAACAGCCGUCAGCUUCACAGUCUGCGAGAGUCAUUCGGAGUAAACACCGCGUCAAUAGGCUGUUUAGACAUCAUAUUCAUAUUGGUCACCGACAGAGAACUGGAACCGACAUUGCAGGACUAAACUAACUGGACUACUACGCGACCACUUUGGGGAUUUACCGUUUUGUGUUUUCAAAUGGAAUACUGAUUUUCAGCGCGCAGCUGGGUGUCCCGGUGUGAUGACACAGCGAGGGAAGAGUUCAAGAAAAGUCGGAAUAACACUCGCGGACACACAUCUCUUCAUGUUGCUCCUCAAAUUCUUACAGGAAAAGCUGAAAAGGUCUAAAAAGGCCGGGAAGAAGUCUAGCAAGCUGUCCUCGCUUUACUAUGAGAUUAUUAGCCGAUCGCUGAAGGGGAAGAUGAUGGAGGCGGAACUAGUCUCGAUGAAGAACCGCCAGGAGCAGGACACGCUCCAGGAGGACAGCGGCGGCACCACCGCAGUCGCCUCCCCCGAGGAGAGCAGCCUCGAGUCGGCCAUGCAGCAGCCCAACACCCCGAUCACCACCAGUACAAACACCAUAAGCAGGCAGGAGAGCAGCAUCAAAAACAGCACCGAGGAGAGGAGCAGCCCUGCGCACCCGACACUCCGAGACAGAAACGCAUUAAUGUUUAACAACGAGCUGAUGUCGGAUGUUCAUUUCGUAGUCGGUCCCCCGGGAGAAACCGUCAGAGUACCCGCACACAAGUACGUUCUGGCAGUCGGCAGCUCGGUCUUCUGCGCCAUGUUCUACGGAGAGCUCGCGGAGAGCCAGUCGGACAUUCGAAUUCCAGAUGUGGAGCCGCGCGCCUUCCUCGCGCUACUGAGGUACCUGUAUUGUGAUGAGCUAGACCUCUCUCCUGACCUGGUCCUCUCCGUUCUCUACGCUGCUAAGAAGUACCUGGUGGGGGCGCUGGCGAGCGCGUGCGUCUGCUUCCUGGAGGCGGGGCUUGAGGCGUCCAAUGCCUGCCUGCUACUCAGCCACAGCCAGCUGUUCCACGAGGCCGGCCUAUCGCAACGCUGCUGGGAGAUGAUUGACGCGCAGGCCGAGCUGGCCCUCCAAUCAGAAGCCUUUUGCCAGCUGGACCCGCCCACGCUGGAGCAGCUGCUGCGCCGCGAUUCGCUGGUGGUGUCAGGGGAGGGGAGCGUGUUCCGCGCCCUGAUUCGCUGGGCCGAGGCAGAGUGCGCGCGGCAGGGGCGUGGCCAAAGCGCACACGAUCAGCGUGAGGUGCUUGGCUCCGCCCUCUCUCUCGUUCGAUUGGCCAGCCUCUCGCUGCAGGAGUUUGCCGACGGCCCCGCUCAGUGCGGACUACUGACGCCGCAGGAGACCAAUCAGAUGUUCCUGUGGUACACGGCGGCCGCCAAGCCACACCCACCCUUCCCAUCAUGCCCCAGGACUGGGCUCCGCCCCCGGCGCUGCUGCCGCUUCCAGGCCGCCGCCCAGCGAGCCAACCAGUGGCGUUACUACGGCAACCGCUGCGACAGCAUCCAGUUCAGCGCGGACCGCCGCCUCUUCCUGGCGGGGGUGGGGCUUUACGGGGCCAGCGGAACGCACGCACGCUACGCCGUGCACCUGACGCUCAAGCGGAACGCACGCACGCUCGCGCACACGCACACACACUUCCUCUGUGACGGCUCCAGCGCCCCGGUCCCUGUGAUGCUAGAACACCCCGUGCUGGUGGAACCCAACGCGUUCUACACCGUCAGCGCGGUUCUAGAAGGUUCCGAGCUCAGCUACUUCGGGCAGGAGGGGCUCACGGAGGUCAGCAGUGGACCAAUCACGUUCCACUUCCAGUGUUCCGCCGAGAGCACCAACGGAACCGGAGUACAGGGAGGACAGAUUCCAGAACUCAUAUACUACUGCUCCUAACACACACACACACACACACCUGACA